UGUUACCUUCUGCCCCACUGCUAAAAGGACUUCCCACUAAAAACUUUCCACUUGAUUUUCAUGGAUUUACACUUAUUUUUUAUUGCAUUACUUUGUCUACAUGCAGACCUGAAGCUUUUCUGAGAAAUGGGGCACCGUUAGUUUAUAUUAGAGCUGUUCUGCGUGUUUCUCUUGAAUCGGGCUGUGCAAUAAGAGCCUAGCUGCUGAAGAGCCUCCCUGCACAUGCCACUUGAUUUGAUCCUGUGUCUGUAUUGUAUUACACGUCUCUGUAUCAGUAUCUAAUCUGCAUUCACAAUCUGCAUGUGCGACGUCCUCAUUACUCGCCUCGUCCUGAGCGUGCCGCACGCUCUUUCUUAGCUCGGGCCUUCGAUCCUCAGUGAAGCUUCCGGAGCCUUCCGGAGAUGUUCAGCCCUGGGCAGCUGAUGUCGGCUCUCACCCCUGCCAUCUUUCACUCGUCCCCGGCGCACUUCUACCCAGCCUUCCCGACCAGAUUGGGCUCUCCGCACAUCUCCAGCCUGGUCAUCCCGGGACCUCUGGUCAGCUAUGAGAUCCUCCAGAGCUACCUGCAGCCCGAACCCUGCAAGCAGGCUCUUCUCCUGGCGACACAAGCAGCCGGCCUUGUAGGAAUUACAGAUUACAAAGAAGAGCUGAGGCCAGUGAAGCAGAGGAGAGCUCGGGCCAACUACAGCAGCUGGCAACUGGAGGAGCUGGAGAAGGCCUUUGAGACCACUCACUACCCCGACGUUUUCAUGAGGGAGGCACUGGCCCUCCGACUAGACCUCAUCGAGGCCAGAGUGCAGGUCUGGUUUCAGAACCGCCGAGCCAAAAUGAGGAGGCAGAUGAAAAUUGUGGGGGGGGAGACGGACCGGAAGUCGGAGAAGGAAAACGAAGUAGCAACAGAGAAAGGGGACAACGGAGACCAGGAUGCUAAGGGUCCCAGCAGCGAGCUGGGGGACAGGAAACAGCGGAAAAGGAACUGCCCCCAGACUGCAUCCCAGGCCUCAGUGUCUCCGUCCGUCCCCAGCGACCCGUUCCACACUCCGGUGCCGGAGGAGGUGGCUACGGACCCCAGCCACGACGAGCUUCGAUCCUGCAGCAUAGCAAAGCUGCGGGCCAAAGCCAGGGAACACGAAGCCGAGAUCCACGGCUACAGCGCUAAAUCCGCGCCGGAGCGGCGUCCACACAGAGAGGCCUCGCCGGCAGACAUGGGCAAGGGCUGAGCGGCCCCCCCACCGCCAACACCUUCUCAAACCUGCCCCCUUUUAAGACUUGCGUCUGAAACUCCGUGAAUGGACAGAAAAAGAACAUUCAAUAUUAAAUUGUCCUUUGUCAACAUAAAUUACUUUUUCAUUCAUUUACAUUGGGACACGUGCAUGCAGCUGAUAUGUACCAAUUUAUAUAUGUAUGUCCCGUGCUGCUAUUAUUAUAAAUAUUUUUAUUACUAUUAUUUU